AGCCUGAAAAAUGGAGGAGGGGGAGGCAGUGUUGGAAGGGGCAGACAUGUGCAGUGAGUUGUCAGAAGACUCCAUGCAACUCCACCAUGAGGACCCCCCUCCUUUUGACAACCCUGCCCCCUGCAGUGAGCUGGGGCCUCUCUACCAGGCCUGCGCAAGUAACGAUCCUGCUAAACUCCAAGCCACCCUCGAUCGGGGGGUCAGCCCUGAAGAGGCCACCCAGGCGGACAGAAACGGAAGGACAGGCCUCAUGGUCGCCUGCUACAAGGGCUUUGAGGGUGUCGUGGUCCUGCUCAGUCACUGCCCCUUCCUCGAUGUCAAUCAGCAAGACAAAGAAGGAAACACGGCCCUCAUGCUGGCUGCCCAGGCAGGACACAUCACCCUUGUGAAUUACCUGCUGAACUACUACCCGGGCCUGGACCUGGAUCGGAGAGACGGCCGAGGCCUGACAGCUCUGAUGAAGGCGGCGGUGCAGGGCCGCACAGACUGCGUGGCUGCCCUUCUCAUGUCAGGUGCUGACCUAUCGGCCGUGGACCCAGCUCUGGGCAAGACAGCUUUGGAAUGGGCAGCCCUGACCGAUAGCUUUGAGACUGUGGUGAAGAUCCGCCAGCUGACCCGGCAUCCCCGAGUUGAGCAGCUGAGUAGGUACUAUCAGCUUGAGUGGCCGGCCCUGGCUGGGCUUGUGGCCCAGGCCCAGACCAAUCUCACUCCAUCCUUCCUAGAGAGACUCCAGAGUGCCUUCAGCUUCCCCUUCCCCCAGCCCCCCCAGGAGGGUGGUGUCCUGGAUCACCUCGUGAGAGUAACCACAAGUCUAGCCAGCCCCUUCAUCAUCACUGCCUGCCACACUCUAUGCCCAGACCUCCCGCCUGAACUGGGCAUGCUUCGUCCAUCCGUGCCAGAGCUUCAGGGCACAGUACCCCUGCAACCCCAAACCCCAAGUGUCUCCCAGCCUCCCUCCAGCCAACGGGUCCUAGUUUCAUACCAGAGGCCAUCAGGAGUGUUGAGCCUGUGUCCAGAUUGGCUGCUGGCCAAGGAUAGCAAUAUCUCUAAGACACCGGUCCCCAAAAUCCGCCUCACCAAGGUUCGAUCCCAAUCCAGUGAGCAGAAGCAGGAUUCAACACUCGCAGGACAUCGAGGACUGGCACCCCCUUCCUGGCACUACCGGAAACUCAAGGAGGAAAGGAAAUUGGCAGAAGCAAGAAAUGAGAAGGGGCCAAGGUCUAGGGAAGAGGGGCUAAGGAGGACCUAAGUAACAGGCAGGGGUCUUAGGGAAUUGGAAUAGGAUCCAAGUUCCCUUCUCUCUGUGUUCUUUCUGCUUUUCCCCUCUGUUCAACUCUGCCCCUAGGAAAGGGUCCUUUACACAGUGACUGAAAUGUCCUGCUUCUGCCUGGGUUUUCACCUUUUGCCAAGGAUGAGAUGCUGGUGGCAGGAUUUCGAGGGGUGUGUGUGU